CCGAAUCCUGACCACCGCGCGGCUACAGGGGCGGGUCCAGCGAGGUGCGACCGGCACCAACCAGGGCUUCCUUCAGUGAGACUCGUUGAUUUCUAAUACUUGACAUAUCAACUUUGGCUGACAUUUGGGUGACAAUUUAGUUUUGGGCCAGCGAAUUUUGGCAUACAACAUCGAGCGUGUCUGAAUUGUUCUCAGGCUUGUACGGUUAGAUCUCGGUGGGCGGUUGUAUUUUAAGCAUUGUGGUCAGCUUGCUACUUUUCCUUUUUCUUGCCUCUCUCUCCUCCCUUUUGUUAGCCAGAACGCUUUACAAGGUCGGGCAUGAGUCGUCGAUUCUUGCACUCUUCAGCAGGGUUUUUAUUUAUCCGCCCUAUCCGGAUCCGGCCCCGCUCUAUACCGGUCAGGCGGCUCCUGUCACUGCAGAGCACAUCGGAUCCGCGCCGACCCUUAAAAGAUCGUCAGCAAGAGUCAGCGAGGAGGAAUAAGGCCGUAUGCUGUGGGGCUGAGCAAAGUCUAUUAUCAAAGUACUUUCAGUUCACUUCCAACAUCCAUACCAUGUCUUCCCAGCCAGUGCCUGAAGCUGCUGCUGCUGCACCCGAGGUCUCACAGUCGCGUGCUUCAGGGGCCGAGGCAUCAUGCGCAGCUGCAAGUGAGAAGACGGCGGUGGCGCCGAGUGCCCCCGAGCCGGAGCCCAAGCUGCCUCCGUUAUCUGCAGCCGAGUACAGGGAGUACAACCGCCUUGCGGAUUCGAUGGAAUAUUUUCACAAUCACUUUAAACAAACAUGGAACAUGAUGUACACAGCGGCAGGCAACAACCGUCGCCCGGCAAACAUGACACUGAGGCAGUUCAUCGACACGGGGCUCGCUUUUGUGCGGCAGCUGACCAUGCACCACAACAUCGAAGAGCAGCUGCUGUACCCCCAGCUCGCCGUCCGGAUGGACGAUUUCCGCAACCAAGACGGAAAGAAGGGUGGCAGCAAACCCAGCCGCAAGCAGUCGGAGCUGCUCCUCCAGCACCGGCUGAUCCACGAAGGCAUGGACCGGUUCGAGGACUACCUGACCGAGUGCCGCCGGGGCCAGCUCGACUUUGAAAUGGCCACGCUCAAGACCAAGAUGGACGACUGGAACGACGUCUUGUGGCUUCACCUCGACGCCGAAGUUGAGACGCUCAAGGCCGAGAAUAUGAGAAAGUAUUGGACGCUGCCAGAGAUGAGGAGGUUGCAGAUUUAAAAAUAAGAAGAAAAAAAAGCGCAUGGGGAGGAGGAGACGGUGUAGAUGGAAUGGGAUGGGAUGUGGAACAGUCUAGUGUGGAUGAGGUGAAAAUCAGUGGACUUUUUUUUUCUUCUCUUUUUUUUUAAAAAAAAAAAAAAAUUCUAUUCUUAUUCCCUGCUGAGACUUUCAUCUGUUGUCUCUCGAAUCUUUUCUUCUCCUCAACUUUCUGACCCUUUUUCGACUGGAGAUCAGGCCAAGACAC